AUGCCUGUGACUCCAGAACAAACUGCAGCUAUCAAGGAAGUGAUAUCUGCGAUCACCGCCGUCACAGGCGCGCCUCGCAAACGCCGUCUGGCGGAGAUGUUCAUGGAACUAGUGGAUCGCGAAGCAUGGCCCCAAUACUAUCAGUAUGUGCCUGCGCCGCGGUCUAUCGAGGAUACACAGAGGAACCUGGACGCGAACAAGUAUCAUAAUGCCAUUGAUGUGUACACCGACCUCUCCCUUGUAUUUUGGAACGCGCUGUUCUAUAACGAGAGCGGUAGUCAGAUCGCCGAGGACGCGAAAACGCUGAAAGUAGUACUGGAAAGAGAAUGGCGACAGAGACCUAUCCUUCCCCCACCGCGCAGCAAGUCACCACCGCCAAAUUCGGGUCAGAAGGUGCACAACCUUCCGUGGCGAGAAGAACUUGAAGAAGAGGAGGAAGAGGAAGAAGCCCCACCCGCUCCCACCCCUGCCGCUACUAAAGCGACUUCCGUACAACCGUCCACCCCUGCUCCUGCACCCGUGAAGUCACGUCCAGUCGAACCUCAGCCCGUCGCGUCCACAUCCAGGACGGCCUUCCCUGAGCCCAAGGUAGCGGAAGAGGUGGUCGACGUCGAGAUGCUGGACCCGGUAGACGAUUAUGCGAUCUCAGGCCCGACCCUUGGGAGCACGGAGCGGGACCCCGAGAGUGAGCAGAUCGUGGAGAAACUGGAGAAGAGCUGUCCGCCUUGGCCUGGAUUCUCUGAGGAGGGAUGGGCCGAAGACAUCAAUUCUAAUAAGUUCUCGGACAUCGUACAUGCCAUCAAGAGCCAUAAGGACGUGAUAGGAAACCGUCUAGCCCUGGCGCUGGAAAGCAUACCCGACUCCUUCACUGUACCCUCAGCGUCCGCACAUAUAUCGGUUUCGCUCAAGCAAAUUGAGACUCGUACCCGACACAAGAGCUACACCUCAGCAAAAGACUUCGACAAGGACUUCGCGAUGCUCUUCUUGCGCGGACGACGGUAUUACGCCAUAACCUCCGAGUCCUAUGGUCGCGUGCUCCUCCUACAGCGCCUCUACCAGGCCCUCACUUCCUCCGACCCGCCGACCGGACCGCAUUACGCAUCCAAUACCAACUUCGCUGCCCUCGCUGCUGGCCCCGGACGCGUGCGACCCCUACACAGCGGCGCGCAGAGCCAAACACCAAUGGCAAGCGCUACGGUAAAGGCCAGACCGCCAGUGGAGGGCGUCACCGGUCCCAGGGUCAACGAAGCGAACCGGUAUACCGUGCCAGAGGUUCACUACAAGGGGUGGAAUUUGCGGUUCGGAGACUGGGUGCACCUGAGCAAUCCGGACGACCCUGCGAGGCCGAUUGUGGGGCAGAUAUACAAGUGCUGGGUUGCGCAAGAAGGCGAGCCAGGUCAACAGGGCGUCACCGUAUCCUGGUACUACAGGGCCGAACAGACAUUCCACUCCUCGCUGCGUAAGUUCUGGGAGAACGAAGUCUUCAAGACGAGCCACUUCGCCGACCACCCACUACCCGACGUCAUCGAGAAAGUCGCCCUGCAAUUCACAGCGCGCCACGUCCGAGGGCGCCCUCGACCACCGCACUGGUACCCCGGCUUCCCCCUCUACGUCUGCGACUCGCGAUACAACGAUCGUGACCGGGUGUUCGUCCGCAUCAAGAACUGGGCGUCUUGCGUGCCCGAAGAUCUGCGCAUCGGCGACGAGUACAUGCCUAUCUUCCCCUUCGAACGGACUGUCUAUCCGCGGCGGUACCCCAGUCCGUUCCUGCGAAACGACACGAGCGGGACCCAGCAUCCUGGUGGCCUGCUUGAUUCGCCGGAGCAGCCAGUGGCACCUGCACAGAAGCGCACGACGCGGCGCACGGCGGCAUCCGCUACUCCAGCAACUGUCGCGCCAACAACCACAUCGUAUAUCGCUCCUCCUCCACAAGCCGAGCCUGCACCCGCUGCGCCUACCGUCGAUCGCUCCAUCAUCACUGUCGCAGGAGGCUACAGUGCCAUGGGCGGCACCGUCUCGACUCAUAAGCUACCUCCGGAAACAGUGCGCCGCUUCGCCAGGGACCCCGCGACAAACGAGCUGCUGUGGUUCCCGGCGCCACCUCCCAAUGCGCCGCGACCUAAGGGCCCGCAACAUAGCUUGGAGUACCUGCACUUCCUGGUGGAGAAACGCAAGCGGAAGCGCGAGACGAGCGAGUCGAUGGAGGUUGAUGGCGCUCACCCGCCAAGGAGGACAGUGGCGGAGAUCUUGAGAGCGGCUGAGCUUGAGGCGGGCUUGCAGUAG